AUGGCAGACUCCGAGCAACCAGAAAUCCCCGCGGAGCCCCAGAGUAGACAUGUUACAUACUGUGGCGUUUGCACACUGCCGCCGGAGUACUGCGAGUAUGGAGGCACCGUCAAGAAGUGCCAGGAAUGGCUCGAGGAGAACCACAAAAUGAUGUUUGAACGCAUCUGGUCGGCCGGUACGUCGCCCCUCUCUCCUCUCGAAUCGGAGAUAUAUUUCGUGCGACAAAAUGAACCGCUGACGCCCCCCGAAGAGGCUCUAGAAGCGGCAACCGCAUCGCUCUCCGUCGAUGCCCAGAAGCGUGCCGCCAAGGACGCACAGAAAAAGGCGGCCAAGGCAGAGGCGGCAGAGGCAAAGCAGGCCGACAAGCUCGCGAAGAGCGUCGUCACCAUCAAGCGCAUCGAACGGAACAAGAAGAAGUUUGUCACGGCCGUCAUUGGACUCGAGGCGUUCGGCCUUGACCUUAAAAAGGCAAGUAGUGGUCUCCCGUCCCUUUUCCAGGUCGCGAAGGAUCUCGGCAAGAAGUUUGCCACCGGAGCGUCCGUGACCAAGGUUGCAAGCGGCGGCGAAGAGAUCGUCAUCCAGGGCGACGUGAGCGACGAGGUGGAGGAGUUCCUCGCCGAAAAGUACAAGGAAAUACCCGAGGACAACUUUGAGUUCAUCGACGAUAAGAAAAAGAAGAAGGCUGCCGCCGCCGCCGCUGCUGCUGCGGCGGCGGCUGCGUCUGUGCAGUAG